GGGAGUUUUGGUUGGUCGCGCGCGGAAGAAAGGUUGUUGCGGCUUACGGGCUCGUCCACGGAUCUCUGAGCCCUGACCCACGCCAGAUGUUAUAACCGUAAGCAAGGCGGGAUGUUUGCGCCGCUUGAUUUGUACUGUAACUGAUCUUCCCCAAGACUUUCAGUCGCAUUUUACCCAAGGCAUACGGCAAUUCUCCUACCUUUUUGCCGUUAUGGAGUUUGCCUUAACCCCGCAUGACGUGACAUCAUUAUGGUUGCCGUCCACGGUGGGGCAAGUGCUUCUCUAUGCCUAGGUGUCCUGCCCCUCAUUUACGCUCAUACACAACCAAAUUUCCUCUUCAGCAAAUAAAUCGUAAUAUACAUUCAAAAUGCCUGCCGUCGAGACAAAGUUUGACCCUAAGGACAUGCAGUUCCGUCGCCUUGGACCCGCUGGGUUGAAGGUUUCGGUCCUGUCUUUGGGAGGUUGGUUGACAUAUGGAGGAACACAGAAGGGUUCCAUCGUGAAGGACUGCAUGCAAGAGGCUUGGAACCAUGGCAUCAACUUCUUCGACACUGCAGAGGUAUACGCAGCCGGCGAGUGCGAACUUGAAAUGGGCAAGGCUUUCAAGGAGCUGCAAUGGCCGCGUGACGAGUACGUCCUAUCGACAAAGGUCUUCUUCGGAACUCAGAGGAAGGAGCCAAACACCAGGGGCCUAUCCAAGAAGCACAUUGUCGAGGGCUUGAAGAGCUCCUUAAAGCGCCUUGACCACGACUACGUCGACGUUGUCUUCGCUCAUCGCUACGACCCUGACGUUGGCAUGAAGGAGAUCGUGGAAGCCUUCACGCAGACAAUUCAAAUGAACUUGGCAUACUACUGGGGCACAUCCGAAUGGUCUGCGGAGCAGAUCCAAGAGGCAUGCGAUAUCGCUGAGAAGUACAACCUCAUCGCCCCUAUCGUGGAGCAGCCUCAGUACAACGCUUUCCACCGCGAGCGCUUCGAAAAGGAAUACGCUCCAUUGUACAAGAAGUACCAGUACGGCACGACCAUCUGGUCACCUUUGGCUUCGGGCAUGCUAACUGGCAAGUACAACGAUGGUAUUCCGUCUGACUCCCGAUUCGCAACCAACCCUGAAUUCUUCAAGAACUCAAUCGAGGCAUUGAAGAGCGACGAGGGACAGGCUAAGAUCAAGAAGGUCAAGGAACUGACUAAGAUUGCUGAAAAACUUGGAGGCACCACGACCCAACUCGCGCUUGCUUGGGCAGCCAAGAACCCCAAUGUGUCUACCGUUAUCCUUGGCGCAACGAAGCCCGAGCAGGUCAAGGACAACUGUGGCGCUCUCAAGUUGCUCGAGAAGCUGACACCGGAGCUUAUGGAGGAGAUUGAGAAGAUCCUCGACAACAAGCCAUAAGGCACUCCGAUACGGCUGCAAGGUCUGGUCGAAGGCCACAGUGAUUACUCAACCGAUCUAAGGCAUCUAGAGCAGACUACGUAGUAUAAUGGAGGACAUGAGACCAGCCU